AUGUCUGCAGAGCCAGUGCCAGGGGCUGAUGGCAGCAGGAGAGGCCUGAAGAAGCCACGUCCAUUCAGCAUCGAGGACAUCCUCUCCAGCCCCGCGGAGAAGAGCCCCCAGGUCUUGGUGCCGCUGUGCCUGCAGAGCAUCUUGGACUGCACACCCCAGAGACCCUGUGAGCUGGAGACCAUCCCAGCCAGCUCCCUACAGGAGGAGGAGGAGGAGGAAGAGGAGGAAGAGCUGGAAGGGGCAGGCUGCAGCUGCUGCUGCUGUUCUCACAUGAGUGCUCGUUCCCUGCAGGACCUGCCGGCUUGGCUGGAUGCGCGGCUGCCCUGGCCCGUGCGGCUCUUGCAGCCGGCGCUCAGGGUGUGCAGGAGUUCCCAGGAGAAGGCAGGUGAGCUGCAGAGCCUGCAGCAGCUGCAGAGCCUGCAGCAGCAGCUGCAGCGCCGCACGCGCCGGCACCGCACCAUCUUCAGCGAGGAGCAGCUGCAGGCGCUGGAGACGCUGUUCCACCAGAACCAGUACCCGGACGUGGUGACCCGCGAGCACCUGGCAAACCGCAUCCACCUCAAGGAGGAGAGGGUCGAGGUUUGGUUUAAAAACCGUCGGGCGAAGUGGCGGCAUCAGAAGAGGGCGACUGCCUCUGCACUGACCUUCCAGGCCAAGCAGCCCCCCAAGGAGAGCUGUUAGUGCCCACAGGGAGCACCAGGCACCCCCUGCCCGGGGCUGACAGGCUCAGGGGGUAACCCGAGGGGGCUAAUGCAGCAAAAGAGAACCUUUGUGGUUCACAGGAGGAGGACAGGUAAAAGCAGACAUGGCACUGUCACAUGCCUCUUCCAAACCGAGUUCACAUGGAAAACGACUGGGCAGGCAGGACCUGCAGGG